UUCAAGGUACACUUUAUUGGUAUCCAAUUUCCGGAAAUAUUAUAUCAAAUUAUUGUAACAGUGCAUGGCACGAUCAAAUCUAUUAAAUGCAUGAGAAUGGGAUCUAUAAAAAGGCAGUCACAAAAUCCCAUCCAGUGUUUUGUUAGUGCAAGAUGUAUUCCGCGUUAGUUAGAGCUUGUGCUAUCUUUGCUUUUCUGAACUCGAGCCUGAAUUGUGCCAAGGCUCUACAGGAUCACGCCAAGGACAAUGGCGAUAUUUUUAUUAUAAACUAUGACAGUUUCGAUGGCGAUGUGGAUGACAUUUCCACCACCACUUCAGCUCCUAGAGAUGCUGACUACGUAGAUUUUGAAGAGGUUAUCCGGAACUGCAAUGCUAGUUUUAUUACGUCGACGACUAAUGUCUUGCAGUUUAAUAACACUGGGGAGUUACCAGAUGACAAGGAUAGGGCAACCAGCAUGUGUUAUUUCCACUGCUUUUUCGAAAAGUCCGGUUUGAUGACAGACUAUAAGCUAAAUACAGAUUUGGUGCGCAAAUAUGUUUGGCCAGCCACUGGCGAUUCCGUUGAGGCCUGUGAAGCUGAAGGCAAGGACGAGUCCAAUGCCUGCAUGCGGGGCUAUGCCAUCGUCAAGUGCGUGUUCACCAGAGCUCUCACGGAUGCCAGGAACAAACCCACCAUAUGA